UCAAACAGUAAACAACAGAAAGUAGACAGCAUGCAAAAGACAAUCCUUGCAAUCAUCGCCUUGACCCUCUGUGGUCUCGCUAAUGCACAAGUAAAUUCUGGUGGCGCCUGCCCAAAUCUGCCAGUGCAGAGCUGUUUAAGCAUAAAAGCAUAUGCGGGCUUCUGGUACGAAUACGCCAGGUAUCCUGCUGCUUUCGAGGGCAAUGGCACGUGUGUGACCUUAACGUACACGAAAAAAAAUCAAAAUGAAAUGAGUAUAUUGGGUACAAUGAUUGAUCCGUCUACCAACAAAACACUCAGUCUUUUGAGUGAUGCCAAGCAAAUUUCGAAUGCCAAAUUUAAUGUUACCACCAAAGUGGCUACCAGAUCUCCUCCCAGCCUGUGGGUUUUGUCUACCGAUUACGAUAACUACGGUAUUAAUUACGCCUGCCUACCCGCUAGUGGCGACUCACAUGACACGUUUCUUUCGAUCAUAACCCGCUCACCGACACCCUCUGCUGCCACUGUUGCGAAGGCUAGAAAUGUUUUACGAUCAAUUGGAUUUUCUCUCGCGCCAAUGACUGUUACGGAUCAAAGCAAUUGCUAAGCAGCAGUUUCUGAUAAUUGCCAAAAAUGCAAUCAAAUGGUUUACAGUUUAAACGAUAAAUUAUUAAGUGGAGACAGGUGAUGUAACUUUUCAAAGUGCACUUCGAUGUUCUCGUUAAAAAAAAUAAAUAAAUAAUGGCAUUGAAAUAUAGUUCGGUGCAAUU